AUUUCAAAAACAAAGCAACACAAAGACAAAAAUCACAAACAUCAAACAUUGUCCACCCCUGCCCGAAAACGACACGCAUUCCUUUCCCAACCAAAAGAGAAAAAAAAAAACACAUUUCCUUACCAAUGGCCCGUUGUUCCAAACCUGUUACCGUUUUCCUAUUAUGGGCUCUUUUGAUGUUCUCAUGGUGCAAAGCUUCAAGAAUCAGCCCUAAUGGAUAUGAUCAUUCUUAUAAAAGGUUCAAAUCCGAUAGCUUAAUUAAUCGAAGAGAGGACAUCACGGGCUUGAGAAGUUUUGUAAGAGCCUCUUUGCGGACUCCAACUACCGUUAGUGUUUCUGAUUUUGGAGCUAAAGGAGAUGGAAAAACUGAUGACACGCAGGCGUUCGUGAAUGCGUGGAAAAAAGCAUGUUCUUCAAGUGGAGCUGUUAAUCUCCUAGUUCCUGAAGGGAAUACUUAUUUCCUUAAGUCUAUUCAAUUAACUGGUCCAUGCAGUUCUAUCAUUACCGUUCAGAUGUUCGGAACGUUAUCCGCAUCUCAAAAGCGAACGGAUUACAAAGAUAUCAGCAAAUGGAUAAUGUUUGACGGCGUUAACAGUCUAUCAGUCGAUGGCGGCGGCACUGGGGUUGUGGACGGAAACGGCGAAACGUGGUGGCAAAACUCAUGCAAACGGAACAAAGCUAAGCCAUGCACAAAAGCCCCAACGGCUCUUACUUUCUACAACUCGAAAAGUCUGAUAGUGAAAAAUCUGAGGGUGAGAAAUGCACAGCAGAUUCAGAUUUCGAUUGAAAAAAGCUCCAACGUUCAGGUCUCUAAUGUCGUGGUAACUGCGCCUGCGGAUAGUCCUAACACCGAUGGUAUUCAUAUCACUAACACCCAAAACAUUCGAGUCUCCGACUCCAUCAUAGGAACAGGCGAUGAUUGCAUAUCUAUUGAAAGUGGAUCACAAAAUGUUCAAAUCAAUGAUAUAACUUGCGGUCCCGGUCACGGUAUCAGUAUUGGGAGCCUUGGAGAUGACAAUUCAAAGGCAUUUGUCUCAGGCGUGACUGUGGAUGGUGCUAAGCUUUCCGGUACAGACAAUGGAGUAAGAAUCAAAACUUACCAGGGAGGGUCAGGAACCGCUAGCAAUAUCAUAUUUCAAAACAUUCAAAUGGACAACGUGAAGAAUCCGAUCAUAAUCGACCAAGACUACUGCGACAGGAGCAAAUGCACUUCACAGCAAUCCGCGGUCCAAGUGAAGAACGUGGUGUACCGAAACAUUAGCGGCACUAGCGCGUCGGACAAGGCAAUAACGUUCAACUGCAGCAAGAACUAUCCAUGCCAAGGAAUUGUGCUUGACAAAGUGAACAUUAAAGGAGGGAGAGCAACUUGCACCAAUGCCAAUGUGGUUGAUAAAGGAGCUGGUUUUCUCUUUCUCACACAACGCAACACAUCGAAACCGAUUCAGCAGCUCUUAAACUCUUCGAAAAUGGCCGAGCGUGGUGGAGAACGUGGUGUUGAGCGUGGUGGAGAACGUGGUGGUCACGGACGUGGAUUCGGAGGAGGCCGUGGAGAUCGUGGAGGCCGUGGACGUGGAGGCCGUGGUCGACGUGGAGGCCGUACCAGUGAAGAAGAGAAAUGGGUUCCAGUGACCAAGCUUGGUCGUCUCGUGGCGGACGGUAGAAUCAAGCAGAUUGAGCAGAUCUAUCUUCAUUCACUCCCGGUUAAGGAGUAUCAGAUCAUUGAUAUGCUCAUCGGUCCAACAUUGAAGGAUGAGGUGAUGAAGAUCAUGCCGGUUCAGAAACAAACCAGAGCUGGUCAAAGGACUAGAUUCAAGGCCUUUGUUGUCGUUGGAGAUGGUAAUGGUCAUGUUGGAUUGGGAGUGAAAUGCUCUAAGGAAGUUGCUACGGCGAUUAGAGGAGCGAUUAUUCUCGCUAAGUUGUCUGUUGUUCCAGUGAGGAGAGGUUACUGGGGUAACAAGAUUGGGAAGCCACAUACGGUUCCUUGUAAGGUGACUGGGAAGUGUGGAUCUGUGACAGUGAGGAUGGUUCCUGCUCCUAGAGGUGCGGGUAUUGUGGCUGCUAGAGUUCCUAAGAAGGUUCUUCAAUUCGCUGGAAUUGAUGAUGUUUUCACUUCCUCCAGGGGAUCUACCAAAACUCUCGGAAACUUCGUCAAGGCUACAUUCGAUUGCCUUCAGAAGACUUAUGGAUUCCUUACCCCAGAGUUCUGGAAAGAGACGAGGUUCUCUAAAUCACCAUACCAAGAGUACACUGAUUUCUUGGCGUCUAAGGCUCUUCCGAGCAGCAAAACGGAGACGGUGGUUGAAGACCAAGCCUAAAUAAUGCUCCCACCUUGUGUUCUUUUUGGAUUAUCAUCCUUCAUGAGUUAAUUUUGGUUGAACCUUUGGUAGUAUAUGUUGCUGGAUUGUGCACCUUAUGUUUUCAUCUCUUCCAAACUACUUUAUUUUUGCUCAGUUUUUUAAAUUAUGGAUCUUAAUGUUCUAGCUUUGCUUUUUCUUAUGUUGAGAAAAGUUCAUUCCAGUUUGUUUGGUGCCAACUUAAUUUUCACAAGUAUAUCCACCUUUACAAUCUUGGUUUAUGAUAAAGCUUUGUUGGAUUU